AUGACUGCCUCCAAGCCAGUCGAGCCGCAGUGGGGCACCGGCAUCCCCCGUUGGCAGCUAGCUCUGCUGGUCGGCGCGCCCAUAGUGCUCGGGGUGGGAGCCGUGUAUCUAUGGAAUCGCAUGAGUCCUUCAUAUCGUGCCCGAGCUGCAAAUAAAAAAGGCAACAAAUACUUUAAGGCGGCCAAGUACGAGAACGCCAUCCAGUGUUUCACAGAAGCCAUUGCACUCUGCCCCACUGAACAGAAGAGUGACCUGUCGGCGUUCUAUCACGACCGAGCGACGGCGUAUGAGCAGCAGAUGAAAUGGACUGAGGUGGUGCAAGACUGCUCACAGGCAAUAACGCACGACCCACGUUACAUAAAAGCUUUCUUGAAGAGAGCCAAAGCUCAUGAGAAACUGGACAAUAAGAAAAAAUGCCUGGAAGAUAUCUCCGCUGUGUCUAUACUGGAGGACUACCAGAACCAGGAGAGCAGGAAGCUGGCAGAAAAUAUGCUCCUCCAGAUAGGAUAUGAGGCUAUAGACAAACACGAGAACCGAGGGUGGACGAUGCCUUCUCCUCAGUUCAUCAAAUCCUACUUUGGUUCUUUCACCGAUGACAUCAUCUCGCAGCCGCUGCAGAAGGGCGAGCAGAAAGAUGAAGACAAGGACAAUGAGGGCGAGGCCUCCGAGGUCACAGCUAGUUCGGGCUACCUGAAAGCCAAGCACUACAUGGAUGAGGAGGACUACGACAAAAUCAUCAGCGAAUGCACUAAGGAGGUGGACUCGGAGGGCCGCUACAUGGCUGAGGCGCUGCUCCUGCGCGCCACCUUUUACCUCUUGAUUGGCAACACCGAGGCCGCUGAGCCCGACUUGGACCGCGUCAUCAAUAUGCAGGAAGCCAACGUCAAGCUGCGAGCCAAUGCCCUCAUCAAGCGUGGGAGCCUGUACAAGGAGCUUCACCAACCGUUGCUUUCCAAACAGGACUUCAACAUGGCAGCAGAGAUCGACAAACGCAAUCCCGAUGUAUACCAUCACAGGGGGCAGCUUAAGAUGCUGCUGUACCAGGUGGACGAAGCUGUAAGAGACUUUGACAAAUCCAUCCUGCUCAGAUCUGACUUUGCUCUCACCCAGGCGCAGAGUUCCUUUGCUGUGUACACACAAGCAUACACCGGGAACUACCCAUCCAAGUCACGAUUCCGGAUAGUCAUGAAGGGAUUCGAGAAGGUUAUAGAAAGGUUUCCCACGUGUGCUGAGGGCUACGCACUAUACGCUCAGGCUUUAACCAUGGAGAAACAGUUCGGAAAGGCAGACAAGAUGUACGACAAGUGUAUUGAAGUGGAACCAGACAACGCCACCCAUUAUGUUCACAAAGGAUUAUUACAGCUCCAGUGGAAACGAAACCUGGACUGGACAAGUAUGUCUGAAUUGGGCCUGGACCUCAUCAGCAAAGCCAUCGAAAUUGACAACAAAUGUGUCUUUGCUUACAAAGCAAUGGGAUUAAUCGAACUUCUAAGGAGUAAUCACGACAAGGCAAUCGAAAUGUCCAACAAGGCUAUAAACUUGGCUAAAUCGGAGAAUGAGCUGGGCACCUUUUACACACAGCGCGAAGAAGCGUACGCCCACAGAGCGGUAUUCAGGAAGUACGGCAUCAGGUAA